AUGAGUGCGAUUCUAAAAGCGAUUUUACAGUUAUGGUUUUUUCAACCGUUUGUUUUCAUAACCGCUCCUUUCCGAGCAGUUUUCCCUCAAUUCAUCUUGGUCGUGGGGCAGUUUCCGACGGUUCCAACCACUAAGUGUGUCAUCUCCAUUGUGGAAUCUUUGAACCAUUACGAUGUAACCGUUAAAGUGGAGUUUUUUCCUUUUUGGAGCCCUAUAUAUGUUUAUGGAGUUCUUCACUCUUAUGUUCAUAAAAUCUCCCAUCACAUUCUCUAUUCUUACUAUUUUGAUAUCAAUUUGGUGAUAAUGGCGGAUAAUUUGCGGAGAGCGAUUCAGGAUCUCACUUUGGGGGUAGAAGAUGAACCGGUGCCUUUGUCGGCGACGGUUUGCAAUGAAGCAAGAAGGGUCAAUCAAUUUUCACUGGUGGGGCGCCCAACCAUUCAACGAAAGCAGAACAUUCGUGCCCUCAUGACAUCCCUACCUAGAAUGUGGGGUCUCUCUGGGAUCAUCUCGGGCCGAUUGGUGGAAAGGAGGAAGUUCCAGUUUGUGUUCCCGUCUGAGGAAUUGUUGCAGUCAGUUCUCAAUCGGGGUCCUUGGGCCUUCAAUGAUCGUAUGGUGGUUAUUAAGCGGUGGAUGCCUGCUAUGGAUGAUAAUGAUCUGAUGCAGAUUCCGUUCUGGGUCCAGAUAAGGGGUAUUCCUAUGGAGUAUCUCACUGAGGGUGUCAUCAGAAACAUUGGUGAUAUCAUGGGCGAGGUCAUGCUGGUUGACUUUAACCCGGAGGCUAAUGCAUCGGUUGAGUACGUUAGGGUUCAACUGAAUUGGAAUCUUGCUCAACCCUUAAGAUUCCAUAAGAAUUUUCAGUUCUCUCCUGGCGUGAAUACUCUCUUAAAGUUCCGGUAUGAAAGACUAAGGGGCUUCUGUGAAACGUGUGGAAUGAUAAUUCAUGACUCAGGGGAGUGUGUUCCGAAUGGUGAGGAUCUUCAAGAUGACAGUGAGCCAGAUGAUGAGGACAAUGAAGGUGGAGGUAUGGAUGAGGGUGGGGCUGAACCGGUUCUGGAUGGUAAUGAUAACAUGGAACAUGAUAUCAAUGUGGCAGAUCAUUCUCCACCGGGGGGGGGGGGGGGGGGGCUCUCCUCAACAAGGUGA